AUGGAGGAUGCACCAUAUCCAAGUGGGCUUGCUGUGAAGAAGCCUUCUUGGGGGGUGGAAGAGGAGAAGCUGAGGGAUAAAGAGGAGUAUCAAAACAAGAAGGCAAAGACAGGGAAAGAGUGUGUCCAACAAAAAGGUGGUUCAAGUCGACCACAAUUUCAGAAACCAAAGCGGCAUGCACCAUCAUUUGCUAGUGCACCUGCACCCAAGAACCGAGGUUGUUACAAGUGUGGUAAAGAGGUUCACUUCAUGAUAGAGUGCCCCAAAAAUAAGCAAGGUGGUGGAAAUCCGGGCAAUAUAGCUCAAUCUUCAUUAGUUUCUCCACUAGACAAGGCUGCACCUAGAGGAGCCACUUCUGGUACCGGCGAAGAGGCAAACCGUCUUUAUGCAUUCAAUAGCCGCCAAGAGAAAGAGGAAUCUCUAGAUAUUGUUACGGGUAUGAUCUAA